AUGAGUUGGUUAGUCACACGGUUGCUAUGUGUUUUCGCGGCGAUGGUGUCGGCGGAGGCUGGAGUCCGGCGCUACAAGUGGGAUGUGAAGUACGAGUUCAAGUUCCCGGAUUGCUACAGGAAGCUGGCCAUCACCAUCAACGGAAAGACCCCGGGCCCAACCAUUCUAGCACGACGGGGAGACCCCAUCAUCGUGGAAGUUACCAAUGGGUUGGCGACAGAGAAUCUUGCAAUCCAUUGGCACGGAAUCCGACAGAUCGGAAGUCCGUGGAGCGAUGGAACAGAGGGUGUGACUCAGUGCCCCAUUUUGCCUGGAGACACCUUUAUCUAUCGUUUUGUCGUCGAUCGACCCGGAACAUACUUGUACCACGCCCACUACGGGAUGCAAAGAGAGGCUGGACUGUACGGGUCGAUCCGGGUUUUGCUGCCGGGUGGCGUGGCCGAGCCGUUCACUUACGACAACGACAAGAGCAUCAUCCUCAACGACUGGUACCACGCCAGCACUUAUGAACAAGCUGCUGGUUUAUCCUCCAUUCCCUUCGUUUGGGUUGGGGAACCUCAGUCGCUAUUAAUUCAAGGGAAGGGAAAGUUCAAUUGCUCCAAAUUGGCCACUCCAAGCUCAAAUCCAACGGCUUGUAACACAACUAAUCCUGAAUGUUCGCCAUAUGUGCUGAUAGUCAUCCCAGGUAAAACGUACCGUCUCAGAAUUUCAAGUAUCACCGCUCUAUCGGCUCUCAGCUUUCAAAUUGAGGGUCACAACAUGACUAUAGUUGAAGCGGAUGGGCACUAUGUGGAGCCGAUCGUGGUCCAAAAUCUGUUCAUCUACUCGGGCGAGACAUACUCCGUCUUGAUCAAAAUUGACCAAGAACCCUCAAGAAAUUACUGGAUCACGACCAACAUUGUGGCCCGGAACGCCACGGCCAAGACCCCUCCUGGUCUUGCCAUCCUUAAUUACAACCCGAACCACCCUAAGAGGGUGCCCCCCACAGAUCCACCCGCUGGCCCGAUCUGGAGUGACACCGCGCCACGACUGGCACAGGGCGUGGCGAUCAAAGCCCGCCAAGGAUACGUCCACACUCCACCGCCCAAAUCGGACCGAGUGAUUGUGCUCCUCAACACACAGAACACGAUUGACGGUUAUUACCGUUGGUCUAUGAACAACGUGUCGUUCACAUUCCCACAUACACCAUACUUGAUCGCCCUCAAGGAGAAUCUCCACCAUGUGUUCGAUCAACACCCACCGCCCGAUCGGCUAGACGACUUCACGACUUAUGACAUCUACCGUGUUGCGAACAACACCAAUGCCAUCUCUAGCAACGCAAUCUAUAGACUAAAGUUCAACUCCACAGUGGACAUCAUCCUGCAAAAUGCAAACACCAUGACCGAAAACAACAGCGAGACGCACCCGUGGCACCUCCACGGCCACGAUUUCUGGGUCCUCGGGUACGGGACAGGGAAAUUUGACGCCGAAAAUGACCCGAAAAAGUACAAUUUGGCGAACCCGAUCAUGAAGAACACGGUCGUAGUUCACCCUUAUGGGUGGACCGCCCUUCGAUUGGUGGCAGAUAAUCCGGGCGUUUGGUUUUUCCAUUGCCAUAUAGAGGCUCAUCUUUAUAUGGGCAUGGGCGUGGUGUUUGAAGAAGGUGUGGAGAAGGUCGGCAAGUUGCCUUCGGAGAUCAUGGGAUGUGGUGAAACAAAAGCCUUCAAGAAACCAUAA